AUGAUAGAUGUGGGAUUAGUUAUUGAUGAUAAAUAUUCAUUGGUAAAAAAAAUUGGUCAAGGCUCUCAGGCAGCCGUGUGGUCAGCAAUUGAUGAAGAGAGACAAAUUGUUGCUAUCAAGUUUUUGAGAAGUAAUGGGCAAAUGAUUAAUGGAAUGUAUUUCAUUGUAAUGGGAAAACUAGGCAAAAGUCUAUAGGAUAUUAUUUAAGAAAGGUAGGAAAAGUUUUCUAUGCUUACCGUCCUAUAAAUCGGAGUCUAGCUUGUGUUUGACUUAGAAUAAUUACAUAACACUGGUUAUACGCACUAUGAUAUUAAACCAGACAAUAUUCUUCUUGAAUGUGAUGACUUCGAAGAUUGUGGAUCCUCUCUUGUAUGCUUAAUUGAUUUUGGGAUUUCUUUAAGUUUAUAAGAAGCAGCUCCAAAUCAAGAGCCUGCAUUAGAUAAUAGCAACGAUAAACAAAAACAGCGAAGAAGACUUUUUAAUGGUAAUAUUGCUUUUAGCAGUGCAAAUUAAAUGCUGGGAAAAUAAAUACAGCGAGCUGAUGAUAUUGUAUCCAUCUUGUAUUUAAUGAUAUAUUUAUCAGAAGGUAGACUGCCUUGGUCUAAUUAGAAAAUAACUAAUAAUCAAUAUGACUCAUUCCGAAAAGUUAGGUAAAUAAAGUAGCAGAUGCAAGCAUACCUAGAAAGAUUAUUAAAGCAUACUCAUUAGCUCAAAGAUCCAAAUAAUAUUGACUACGCUUACUACAUAAGUGAACUAACUUAAGCUAAUCCUAAUAGUCUGAAAAGUUUUAGCUGGGUUAUGGACUGGACUUAACCAAAUGAUAACUGGUAUAACUCAUAUUCAGAAAAAGAGUAUAUAUUCAAAAAUUUCCUCAGUAGAAACAAAUAUUAUCUAAAAGCUAAAGGAAAUUAACUUUUAUAAACCAAGAAAUCGCUGACCUAAAAAAAUUUAUACUAGGCAGCAGAUAGAAAGGUAAUCAGUACAAAUAUGAUUAAUAGCGACUCAAUCUAAAAGCAAAAGCAAUGGCAAGUAAGUCCAGAUAAACCUAAAGUAAAGCCAAAUAGAUUUUUUAAUGGAAUCAUACUGGGUAAUGAUAAUAAUAAUAAUAUCAAUCCCAUAAUAAAGCAAGAUGAGCCAACAGUUAAUAAUUCCUAAGUGAGUGAUAUUGUCAUGAAUAAUUAAAUUAGAGCUCGGACUCUUGCUAGAAUUUCUUAACAAGAUAUGAUCGAGAGGACUUAGUAUAUCAAUCAAAUGAGGAAAUAAACUAAAUUCAGAUAAUCAAUGGAUAGCUCAAAUCAAGAUCUUGGAUCCUUUUUAUAUAGACUCUCAAAUAUUUAACAAAUAAACAGGGAUAAGACCUCUCAGAAUCGUUUAGAUCUAGAGAGUUAAAAAUCAUAGACAUUUCAGUUAAAUCUAAAAGACGUAAUGAGAGCAAAUAGAAAAAUUUCUAAUGUUGUUCUUGCCAAUGAUCUCGGAGACCUUCAAUUUUCUUAGAAUAAUAUAGAGCAUUACUUAAACAUUGCAUCACAAUGCUUUCUAUAAGAAUAUAUAACUAUCAUUGAUGAUACUUGUAUUUAAAUACAAGAUGUAGAUGAAGAUUUUAGAUAAAUAGAAGUUCUACGGAAUUAGUAUUAUAAAUACACCAUUGAUUAUAUUCCCAAAGGAAAUGAUUUAAAACUUAUAAUGAGCUAGCAGUGA